CGUGGGAAUAGAACACAGCGCGAGGAAUCGACGCGCACAGUCUAGAAUCGAACAACGUAAUCGAUUCCAUCGUAACCAACCCGGUCCUCUCUCGCCACAGGCCUCCGAGUGAGGAUUGCAGCGAUUAAACAACAACAAAAACAACAACAAGAACAAAAACAACAACAUCGUUAUCGUCGUCGCUACGAACCACUGUUGUUGUCAUCACCGUCGCUAGCCGUGUAAGAGAUGAAGCCGUCCGUGGUGGUGGACGAGAUGUUCCCGGAGGGCGCGGGCCCUUACGUGGAUCUGGACGAGGCAGGAGGCAGCAGUGGGCUGCUCAUGGACCUGGCAGCCAAUGAGAAGGCGGUUCACAACGACUUUUACAAUGAUUUCGAUGAUCUCUUUGACGAUGACGACGUCCAGUGAGGAAGCUCCUACCACCCAGGAGCCGCCGGCCAAUCAGAACGCGACUUGCACAGCCAUGCCACGCCCACUCCCAGCUCGGCUCCACCCCCCAACCUCCCCUGCUGAUGAUGUCGUGACGCGUGAUGUCGGCUUGGAACGUGGCCUUUUCGCUAAUUAAAGAGUUCCAUAAUAGAGGGUUUUUUGGGUUAGAUCGCGUAAAUAUAUAAAUGUUUAGUUAAAACCCGCCACCACCCGACACGGCCAACUAGUAAGGGG